GAUGUAGAAUAUACACAUAGAUAGUGUAAGAUAUUGAAUUUAUUGUUUUUAUGGUCAAUAAAUAUAUUCACGAUAAUUGUAUUAUUUUUAUGAUUACUGAUUACAUCACUGAGACGUAAACUGCAAAGUAUACGAAUAUAUUCUAUUCUUGUUGGAGUGAACGCGAGCUUGGUCACAUAGUGAAAAUGACACGAAUAGGUACGUGUUCAAUAUCUAUUCGAUUAAAUCACGUUGCAUAAAAAAAAAAUAAGUUAAAUGUGAAAAAUAACGGGGGGGAGUCGAAAGUUUUUCGAGUGAACACAUUCAACUUGCUACUCGAUGAACAACAAACAUCAACCAUGUACAAGUUCAAGUCCAUGAUUUUUCUAAACAUGUCAGUACUUUUGUUGGUGUUCACGCAAUGUUUGGGAUACUUUGGAGUACGAGAAGAUUCCGACGAUUGUUUUUGCCAGUUACAAGGAAGUAUUGAUGAUUGCACCUGCAAUGUGGACACCGUUGAUUAUUUUAACAACGUAAAAAUCUACCCAAGAUUAAGAAGUCUACUCACAAAGGACUACUUUCGAUUCUACAAAGUUAAUCUAAAAAAGAACUGCCCCUUUUGGAUUGAUGAUAGUAGAUGUGCAAUUAGAUAUUGCCAUGUGGAAACCUGUGAUGAAGAUUUAAUUCCACCUGGAUUGAAAGGGGAGGCUAAAAAAGAGCCAUCCGAACAAAAAGAGAAGGAUAAGUACUUACAAAAAAGCUGUGAUCAAGAUUACAAUGAAGAAUUAUCAUACUUGAACACCACAAUAAGUGCAAAAAUUCAAAAAGAAUUCGAAUUGUGGCGAAAAUAUGAUGAUGCCCAAGACAAUUUUUGCGAUAUAAAUGAAAACGAUAACGAUGCUGAAUAUGUUGAUUUGUUAUUGAAUCCUGAACGUUAUACAGGUUAUAGAGGAUUUUCAGCACAUCGAAUAUGGAAUAGUAUUUACAUGGAAAAUUGUUUCCGACCGAAAUCGUCGUUAAAUGCAUAUAUUCAAAGCGAAAAACUUAGUGGGAUGUGUUUAGAAAAGCGAGUGUUUUAUCGAACCAUAUCUGGUCUUCAUUCGAGUAUAAAUAUACAUUUAAGCGCUAAAUAUUUAUUAUCGGAUCAAUCGGAGCUUGGUCUUGAAGAAAAAGGGAAAUGGGGACAUAAUUUGGAUGAAUUUAAGCGUCGAUUUUCGCCGGAAACAACAAACGGAGAAGGUCCAAAUUGGUUACGUAAUUUAUAUUUUGUUUAUUUACUUGAAUUAAGAGCUUUAGAGAAAGCUUCUCACUAUCUUGAAAGGGAAGAGUUUUAUACGGGUAAUGAAAGUGAAGAUUGGGAUACCAAAUUGGCUGUGACUGAUUUAUUAAACAUCGUUAAGAAAUUCCCGGACCAUUUUAACGAAAAUGUUAUGUUUAACGGUGGCGAACAGUCGCAAAAAUUGAAAAAUGAGUUUCGGCAACAUUUUAGGAACGUUUCAAACAUCAUGGAUUGCGUUGGGUGUGAUAAAUGUAAGCUGUGGGGAAAGUUACAGGUUCAAGGAUUAGGAACAGCGUUGAAAAUAUUAUUCUCAGGAAUGUUUGAUCGUCAAACCAGCAGUAACUUAUACAUCGAAAGCGACUACAAAAAAGAUUUCCAAUUGAAACGCACGGAAAUUGUUUCUUUAUUAAACAGCAUUGGGAGAUUAUCAACCAGUAUAUAUGAAUUGGACGAAUUUCGUCACAUUUUGAGAUGACAAGAAAAUUGUAAUUGAUUUUGGGAACAUCACAUCACCAAGGGGUGAACAUAUUUUUAAUUUAAUAAACAUAUAUAUAUCUAAAUUUAUUUAUAAACAUUUAGAGAAGUGGUAGAUAAUUGUGCAAGGUGUAAAUGUAGUUUGUAAAUGAAACACUUUAUUUUUGAUUUUUUUGUUAACUUUAUUAAAAAAUAAAAAUGAAUUAUUAAUGAAA